AUGGAGGCGCUCACCCACAAGGCGGGAGCGUCUGACUUUGACGGGUUGCCGGCCGAGGUGAGGCAUCUCGUCUUCCGGCACUUCAACUAUCGCGAGCUGUGCGUGCUGUCUAUGGUGUCCAAGCACUGGCACGGCGCAGUAGCGGUUGCGUUGACGGUGCUGGUGGUGGUGGGAUACGACGGAAUGCUGCCUGGGUGGAAGCAGCUGGAUGUGUACCACCACCGACAGCGCGUGGAUGACGAUUCACUCGAGGGCCUCUUCCGCUACCCCUCACGCUUGACCCACACCAGAUUCGUCGGGUUGUCGACGUGCAGGUCCAUCACCGACCGCACCGUGCUGACGGUCAGCCGACUGUGCUUGCGCCUGCUUCAUCUCAGCUUGUUUGAGUGCACGAAUGUGACGGAUGUCGGGGUCGCCGCCAUUUGGUACUCCACUCCCGGCCCGGAGGCCUUGCGCUGUCUGGCGGCCUGUGAGCGCAUUACCGACGCCUCGCUGCAGUCCGUGUCCACCUCCCUGCCUGAGCUUCGGAUCCUAGAGCAGAUGAUCGAUCUGGAGCGGUGUCCACUUCAUACGGACGCGGGGAUCGUGGCUGUUUGCUCCAACUGCCCUCACCUCAGAAACCUGCGGAAGCUGGCGCUUGGUCGGUCGCCUCACGCCAGCGGCAUCGAGUUCUUGACGCACCACACAGCACUCGAGGUGCUGGACUUAUCAGAGAAUCGACAUGUGGCGGGACCGCACCUGAUACAAAUCGGUGAAGUGUGCACAAGGCUGCGAAUACUCGACAUCUCCUACACCAACUGGCGCGCCAUCCCCGCUGCCAGUUUGAUGCCUGUGGCACGGAACUGCCCGCGGCUGGAGAUCCUCAACGUGGCGUCGUGCAAGAAGCUGACGGACACGGUCAUCACCACCAUCGGUUCCAACUGCCCUGGCUUGCGGAAGGUGGUGCUGAGCGGCUGUCUCAAGCUCACCGACGAUUCGGUUGUCACCGUGGCGCGCAACUGUUCCGACAUAAAGGAGAUGCAACUCGCCGGCCUCGGCUUUCUCACCGACGAAUCUCUGAUGGCCGUGGGCGAGAACUGCCCGCUGAUCGAAUUCAUCACGCUGUCGCAGCUGCAGCGCAUCACCGACGAUGGAUUGCUACACCUGGGCCGCCUGCAGCAAAUCAAGACGCUGGUCAUCACGCAGUGCUCGCUCAUCACAGACGACGGCGUGGCCCAGCUGCGGCGCAACACCCGCCGCAUCCCGCCCCGCAAGAGCGAGAUGGCGAAGAUGAGGCACUAG